AUGGUGCAAAACUCGCGCAACGAAAGCGGCGUGUACGCGGCGGCGAAGAUUUCAGUGUGGUGGGACAUCGAAAAAUGCCCCGUUCCCAAAGGGCACGACGCAAACUCCAUCGCCAAUAACAUAGCCGCCGCUCUCGUCAACAUCAACUACAACGGCCCUCUCUCCAUUUCCGCCUACGGUGACACCAACCGCAUUCCCUCUCCAGUCCAACGCGCUCUCUCCAGUACCGGCAUUGCCCUCAACCACGUUCCCUCCGGUUCCAACUCUUAUUCAUCCUUUUCAGGUUGCAAAGAUAUGAAGAUUCUCGUCGAUAUGCUGUUCUGGGCCGUAGACAAUCCCGCCCCUGCUAACUACUUAAUGAUUUCCGGCGACAGAGACUUCUCCAUGGCUCUCCACCAACUCAGCCUCCGAAGAUACAACAUUCUCCUCGCCCAACCGUUUCAAGCUUCUGCGUCGCUCGUCGCCGCCGCUAAAGUCGUUUGGCUGUGGACCACUCUUUCUGCCGGUGGCGCCCCUCUUUACAUUGCUGAUUCUGAUUCAUCUUCCGGUAAAAUUAACCCUACUCCUAUUUUCGAACCCGUUCAACUCAAAUCUAAACCUAAAUAUGUUAGGAAAAUCACGAACGUGCCAGAAAGUCCUACAAAAUGUGUGGCUGAUGAUGAUGAUAAUGCGAAACCGCUAACGAAGCUGAUUUUCAAAGCACCUCAUGAGUUUUUUUCUUGUAACGACGUGAUAGUUCCGAAUACCGUAGUUCAGAGUUUGGCGCCACCUUCUGAGUAUGUGCGAGGUCUUGUUGAUGUUGUUAUGAGAGCCUUGAACACUCUUAAGGUUGAGAUGGUUUUGUCCACUGAGGGAAAUAUAACUGAUUGCAUUCGCUAUGGGGAUUAUAGAUAUCAGAGAAUUGAUGUUAGGAAGGCUUUGGAUUUUGCAAUAGAGCAACAUGGGGUGGUGAAGAGAACCUUCGGUGCACUGCAUUUGUAUGUUGGUAAGGAUGGGGGGCUCUGGAAGUUUGUGAACCAUGUUGGUGGUCAGCCCAGUGAUUUCCCAGAAGCCACGUGGGAUAGAAUAAAGCAAUUUAUUGCUUCAUCUUCUGGAAGAUCGUCAAUUUUGGCUUCUCGUUGCAGAUAUGAAGCGUCUUUGAUUAUAAGGAGAUUGUGCCUUGGAGAGUUUUUAUUAGGGGAUGUGCUUCGAAUUCUGGAGAUGGUAAUCACCGUCAAGAAAUGGAUUAUUCAUCGUCAUUCCGGAUGGCAGCCUAUUACCAUUACGCUUAUGGAGACUAAAGGUGAUACACUGUAA